UCAAACCCCACUCUGUGGUUGGUGGUCUGGGAGAUGAUCAUGGAUGCUCCUCUUCCUAUAUUGAUUGAUCGAGUCAUCUAAACUUUGAUUGAUUAGGAGAUAAGGCCUCCUGCCUCGCUUUCAGCUUAACUCCCAUAUUCGUCUCUGGGCGCACCAGACACUCAAACUAUAAAUAUUGAAGCCAUGGCUUACGCUUUCUCCAUUUCUACAAGUAAUGUUGGAAUAAUUAGACCUUUGGAUGGUCGAAACCACAUUGGCUUGAGACCAUCAACCAAUGUCAAGUUUGUUAAUGCUCGGCGAACAAUUAAGACACAAAACCGGCCUCUGCUGGUAAUCAGAGCAAGUGAAGAGUGGGAACGCUCACCGGAGAAGUUGGGAUUAAGUGAUGAGGAAUGUGAAGCUACUGUUGUGGCUGGAAAUGUUCCUGAAGCACCACCCAUUCCUCCUAAAGCUGCUGCACCAUCUGGAACACCUGUUAUCUCUCCACUCCUACUCAGUAGGCGUCCUCGUCGUAAUCGGAAGUCACCUGUACUGAGAUCAGCUUUCCAGGAGACAUCUAUAUCUCCUGCAAAUUUUGUUUAUCCACUUUUUAUUCAUGAAGGUGAAGAGGACAACCCAAUUGGAGCCAUGCCUGGAUGUUAUAGGUUGGGAUGGAGACAUGGACUCAUAGAAGAGGUUUACAAGGCCAGGGAUGUUGGUAUUAAUAGUGUUGUGCUUUUCCCCAAAGUCCCAGAAGCUCUAAAGUCUCCUACUGGAGAUGAAGCAUACAAUGACAAUGGUCUAGUGCCUCGGGCAAUACGGCUUCUCAAAGACAAGUACCCUGACAUUGUCAUCUACACUGAUGUUGCAUUGGAUCCUUAUUCCUCUGAUGGACAUGAUGGCAUUGUUCGAGAAGAUGGAGUUAUAAUGAACGAUGAAACAGUUCAUCAGUUAUGUAAACAGGCUGUCUCGCAGGCCCGAGCAGGAGCUGACGUUGUCAGUCCAAGUGACAUGAUGGAUGGUCGUGUGGGAGCCAUUCGGGCAGCUCUGGAUGCUGAAGGUUUUCAAAAUGUGUCUAUCAUGUCAUAUACAGCAAA